CUCGGCCCCGCCCCGCCCCCAUGCCUUACUCGUCCUCCUCCCCGCUAAGCGACGGCGGCCUCGCGGCUGCUGCUGCUGCUUCUUCUUCUUCCUGCCCCGCCGAGGCGUCUGCUUCCGGGCCGGGAGCCGGGCAGCCUCCGUCGCGGGCCGAUGCGGGCGCGGGCUCCGGGGCGAAGAUGAACUACAUGCCGGGGACGGCGAGCCUCAUCCAGGACAUCGAUAAGAAACAUUUGGUUCUCCUUCGAGAUGGCAGGACGCUGAUUGGGUAUUUGCGCAGCAUUGACCAGUUUGCCAAUUUGGUGUUGCACCAAACGGUGGAGCGCAUUCAUGUGGGGAAAAAGUACGGGGACAUCCCACGGGGCAUCUUUGUGGUGAGAGGCGAGAACGUCGUGCUCCUUGGGGAGAUCGACCUGGAAAAGGAAAGCGACACCCCUUUGCAACAAGUCUCAAUAGAAGAGAUUCUGGAAAUCCAGCGGGUGGAGCAGCAAACCAAGCAGGAAUCGGAGAAGCUCAAAGCACAAGCGCUGAAGGAGCGGGGUCUCUCCAUCCCACGGGCCGACACCCUGGAUGAAUACUAGACCUCGCAUCUGGACAAUGGAUGCUGUUUUCCUUUGGAAGGAUUUUUGUACCUUGCGGGGUGGACUGCUGCCUUAUUUCCUUUUAUAAUAGUUUAUCUUUUAUGUUAAUUUUUUGGAGCACUGAAUACAAUUGAAUCAUGAUCCAUUUCUCUUUUUUUCUUUUCACAAAAAUCACUGGUUUCCAAAGACCCUAAAAUAUGCCAGUGUUCUCAUGUAAGUGUUAAGAGUUCUGGCUUGGGACAAAAAUGUUUUCAUUGAGGCUGGGUUGUUUUUUGUUUUUGUUACAUCAUUUCAAAGGAGCGAGGGAGGGGAAGAAAAUCCCUCCUCCGGCGGUGUAUCAUGUGAAUAAAAUCUGACUCUUGCAACUGG